AGAGGAGGACUCACCAUGUGGCUAAAAGGUUUUACAAGUAACCAUGUCAUCAUGAAACUUCUGAAGACCUGUGUCAUCCUUCUCCUUCUGACUGUGUUGUUCUUUAAACUAAGAAACAUGGACCUGCUCGAGAUGAGAACUGGGAUUAAUGAUAACACUUUAAAGCUAAAUUAUAAAGAAACCUCUACCAUCAUCAACAAGAAAGUGACCUCGACUCAGCCCAGUGCUCCCCACACUGCUCCUCCCAGAGCUCCUCCCACUGCUCCCCACACUGCUCCUCCCGUCUCUGACGACUUCUGCACCUUCAAGCCACUGUCUUCUGCAGAAGCUGAGGAGGAACGUCUCAUAUUGGACUCCAUUGCUUGGCCUGAAACUCCUCCUCUGCCAGCUCCUUUUUCAUUGAAUCAGACAAGUAACGCCGCCCACAGCACCUUCACCAUUCUCCCAGGGGGGGUGGGAGACGAGCGGCAUGUAGGAGACCAGCUGGAAGUUAUGAUAAAGAUGUACGACUUCCAAGGUAACCCCAAGAAGUCUGGAGGAGAUGCAAUUGUUGCCCGAUUGCACAACGGGGCUCUUGAAGCAGGUGUGGCUGGGCGAGUGGUGGAUCACCUUAAUGGCUCCUACUCUGCUGUAUUCCCUUUACUCUGGGAAGGAAGUGCACAGGUUGAGGUGACGCUUGUCCACUCAAGCGAGGCUAUCACAGUCCUCCGUAGGCUAAACAGAGAAGAGCCUGAUAGGACUAUCUUAAAGAGCCUCUUCCGCUCAGGUUCAAUCUCUGAAACUACCAUCUGUAAUGUUUGUCUACGUCAAACCAACCAGCCACAGUGCAACUACACUGACCUCCGUACUGGUGACCCGUGGUUCUGCUACAAGCCAAAGAAACUGAGCUGUGAUACCAGGAUGAACCACAUAAACGGAGGAAUGGGUAUAAAACUCAAGGCUAAUGAGGCAAACCUUUUCAAAAGCAAUGUCAACAUGCAAGUCUUCAUUCAGGCUUCAGGACCGGCCAAUGUUACUGUGCUGCCUCAAAGGAAAGAACAACCCAUGGAUAGUCUAGGCAGUGGGAAGUCUGGACUCUCUGGGUAUUACUACCAGGGUGUGUGGCGAUCACUAGGUGGCACCAAAGUCCACCAAUUCAACAACUCCUCUGCCAUCAGUCAAUGUCUGAAAGGAAAGGUGAUCCACCUGUAUGGAGACUCCACCGUCAGGCAGUGGUUUGAGUACCUUGAUGCUUCACUUCCAGAUGCCAAGGAGAUAAACCGGAAUAAUCUGAAGAAAUCAGGACCUUUCAUGAUAUGGGACAAUGCAAAAAACAUCUUGGUGAAGUUCCACUUACACGGUCCUCCUCUUAGUAUUUCCGUCCUUAUCCCAACCAGUGAGCUGCGUUACAUUGCCAAUGAAAUAGAUGAUGUAGUUGGUGGCACCAACACAGUUGUAAUUUUUGGCAUCUGGGCCCACCUCACUCCUUUCCCAAUGCAAUUCUACAUCAGAAGGCUUUACGGCAUCCGCAGGGCGGUGAUUCGUCUGUUAAACAGGGCUCCAGACACGCUGGUGGUCAUCAGGACUCCAAACCUCAGAGGUACAAACCCCUAUAUAUUUGCCUUUAAUGACUGGUAUGCUAUUCAACAGGACAAGGUGGUCAGAGCUGUGUUCAAAGGACUUAAUGUUCAGCUGGUGGAUGCCUGGGAGAUGGUUCUGGCCCACCACCUGCCUCACUACAUUCACCCACCUCCUCCCAUCAUUAAGAAUAUGGUUAACAUUAUAUUGUCCCGCAUGUGCCCACAAUAGUGCAUUUAAUACUAAUAAAAAUUAUCCAAACAAGGUGA